UAUCCCCAAAGAAAUCAAGCGAGCGAAAAGUUGGAGGCGAGGCAGCAAGGACCGUGGCCGAGGAUGGACGAGCAGCCGCGCUUGAUGCACUCUCACGGGGUAGGCAUGGCCGGACACCCCGGCCUGGCGCAGCAUUUGCCGGAUGGCACCGCGGGGACGGACGGCGACGGCAGGAAGCAGGACAUCGGAGACAUUUUACAGCAAAUCAUGACCAUCACCGACCAGAGCCUGGACGAAGCGCAGGCGAGGAAACAUGCAUUGAACUGUCACAGAAUGAAACCUGCCCUCUUCAACGUCUUGUGUGAAAUCAAGGAGAAAACAGUGCUCAGUAUUCGUGGCGCCCAGGAGGAGGAGCCUCCCGAUCCUCAGCUGAUGCGCCUGGACAACAUGCUGCUGGCCGAGGGCGUCGCCGGGCCCGAGAAAGGCGGCGGGUCGGCGGCCGCGGCGGCGGCGGCGGCGGCCACCGGGGGCAUCGGCGCCGACAACUCGGCGGAGCACUCCGACUACCGGGCCAAGCUGACGCAGAUCCGACAGAUUUACCACACGGAGCUGGAGAAGUAUGAACAGGCGUGCAACGAGUUCACCACCCACGUGAUGAACCUGCUGCGGGAGCAGUCCCGAACGCGGCCCAUCUCGCCCAAAGAGAUCGAGCGCAUGGUCAGCAUCAUCCACCGCAAGUUCAGCUCCAUCCAGAUGCAGCUCAAGCAGAGCACCUGCGAGGCCGUCAUGAUCCUGCGCUCGCGCUUCCUCGACGCCAGGCGAAAGAGGAGGAACUUCAACAAACAGGCGACAGAGAUCCUAAACGAGUACUUUUACUCCCAUCUGAGCAACCCUUACCCGAGCGAAGAGGCCAAAGAAGAGCUGGCCAAGAAAUGCAGCAUCACGGUUUCCCAGGUCUCCAACUGGUUUGGAAACAAGAGAAUCCGCUACAAGAAAAACAUCGGCAAGUUCCAGGAGGAGGCCAACAUGUACGCGGCGAGGACCGCGGUCAACGCCACCAGUGUGUCGGCGCACGGCAGCCAGGCCAACUCGCCUUCCACUCCCAAUUCAGCAGGUUCUGCUGGCUCCUUUAACAUGUCAAACUCCGGAGACUUGUUCAUGAGUGUGCAGUCCCUCAAUGGGGACUCUUACCAAGGGGGGCAGGUUGGGGCCAACAUACAAUCCCAGGUGGAUACCCUUCGCCAUGUUAUCAGCCAGACCGGCGGAUACAGUGACAGCCUCGCCGCCAGCCAGAUGUACAGUCCACAGGGCAUCAACACAAACGGCGGCUGGCAAGAUGCUCCGACCCCUUCAUCAGUGACAUCACCCACGGAAGGACCUGGAAGCGUUCAUUCGGACACCUCCAACUGAAUCUUUCCGCCGCGCCGCCGUCACCUGUAUAAAAAGCAGAACUGACCUUCCCAGUAUUCAAAACAAAGGAGUUCACGAUGCCGCUGCGCGCAGAGGUUCCGUGGAAAAGCCGAAACACGAAAAACCAAUAGUAUUUCUUCAGCUUGGACAUUUGGGAUACAAACACUGAAAUUCUAACGAAAUCAGCGGAGAGCGUUGUACAGCGUUCACGCGCACGUUCGAUUCUGUUCUAUUCUCUUGAGAGGGCUGGGCUUACUUACGAUUCAACCGUUUCAACCGCUAAAGUAAAUAAACCCGAGCGUGGGUUGAUUUUAGUCGUCAUUCUACCUCUCAGCCACUCAAAGAAGAAAGUAGAAAAAUGUCAGUGACCGGGAUUUGUUUUGUAAAAAGUUGUCUUUGCGAGCAAGACGCACAUCUUCUUACUUAUUCUACAUUUCGUUGUCUCUCACUUAUUCUAUGGUACGCCAUUUUAGACUAAUAUUGCUCCGUUGUUUACAAUGUGUGCUUGAUCCGAGUAUGUCCACCCCCACCCCACCUGUGUCUCCGGCGUCUUUGAACCCAGUUUGUGUCGGGACAUGUCCACCUCUAAGGUAAACCCUGUGAAGUAUGUUAUCCGUAAAACAAUAAAGAAAUACUUGUCAUCACGUC